AUGCCCUCGAUUGUCGGCGUGCUGGCAACAGCUGCACCAGGUGCUGGAAACAACGACAUCGGCUCCAACGAAAUCGCCAAGCGAAAAUUGAUGCAGUCUGAUGGGUCGCAGAGACGCCAAUUCGACACGUUCCUACCCAGUGUGCCCGUCACGGUCGAACGACAGCCUUCCAUUCCCAAGAUUGGAGACGUCUUGAGCCCCGGAGUAGCUCGUGCCAACCUUGCUGUGUCGAAUGAACGCCCUGACGGAACCCCGGGGUGGCGAGAACAGCAUUCCCAUGAGACUGUUCUCCAGCAACAUGUGGUCUACUGGGACCCAGAUGGCGACGGAAUCAUUUAUCCAUGGGACAUCUACAACGGUACGAUUGACCAUCUCCGUGGCAUCUCAUGUUGUUGAGCCACUGCGCGGCACUCCCAGUAGCCGAUUUUGUCACUUGCUCUUGGAGAUGGCUGACCUUCUCGACAGGCUGCCGCGCAUGGGGCUGGAACAUGCUCCUAUCGCUCCUUGUAGUGGUGGUUAUCGCACCAGCCAUGUCCUACCCAACCUUUCCCAAGGGAAAACUUCUCCCCUCCCCCUUCCUCCCAAUCUACAUCCACAACAUUCACAAAGACAAGCACGGCUCCUCUUCCCAAACCUACGAUUCCGAAGGCCGCUUCCGACCCCAACAAUUUGAAGAUCUCUUCGCCAAGUACGAUCUCAAUGGCAAGGGAGGACUGGAUCUUUACGAUUUGGCGAGAAUGCACAAGGGCCAGAGGCUAUUGAUGGAUCCGUUUGGGUGGAGUGCGAAUUUCUUCGAGUGGGUUGCGCUUUAUCUGUUGGUCUGGCCGGAAGAUGGAAUCAUUCGGAAGGAGGAUGUUAGGGCUACGUUUGAUGGCAGUAUCUUUCAAAAGAAGGCGGAUGAGUAUGCUGAGAAGAAGAAGAAGCAGGGAGGCAAGGCUGCGUAG